AUGUAUGAGGAUGGAACUGUAGACCCUAUAUAUCAGGCAAAAGCUCGUGUCCUGAACAAUGCGAUGCAAGAGAUUGGUAUGGGCAAGUAUCAAAUUCAUCUCUUCAUCUGCGCUGGUUUUGGCUGGUUUGCGGAUAGUGUCUGGCCUCUUAUCACUGGUCUAAUUUUGACGCAGGUUACCGCAGAGUUCAACUUUAAUGGCCCUUUCCUUACUUUGGCUGCAAACAUCGGUCUCUUGGUGGGUGCGAUUGUUUGGAGUGUGGGUUGUGAUAUAUGGGGAAGAAGGUGGUCAUUCAAUCUGACUUUGCUCAUAGCUGGAGUUUUCGGACUCUCAGCGGGAGGAUCACCCAAUUUUGUCACUCUUGCGUCUCUGCUUGCAGUCGUCGGUGUAGGCGUAGGGGGUAAUAUGCCUGUCGAUUCUGCGGUAUUCCUGGAUCUCGUUCCCGGUACUCAUCAAUACCUACUUACCGUCAUGUCUGUCUGGUGGUCCCUGGGUCAAUUACUUUGUAGCCUUCUUGCAUGGCCGCUUAUCGCCAAUUAUUCUUGUCCGGAGGAUGCUUCUGCGUGUGAGCGUUCCCAAAAUAUGGGGUGGCGCUACCUUCUGUUCGCACUCGGAGGGAUAACGUUGUUGCUGUGGUGCCUUCGCUUCUUUCUGUUCACUCUCGUCGAAAGUCCGCGCUUCCUCGUAGGCGUCGGGAAAGACGCUGAAGCGGUUUCCGUCAUUCAUAAAGUCGCGGAGUACAAUUCUACUUCGACUGGUUUGAGCGUGGAACAUCUCAACCAGGCAACAGAACAGAAGUCAGGGAGAGCCAAGAGGCCCGUCUUAAGUCGCACAUCAGUCUAUGGGCUUGAGCACGUAAAAGCUCUGUUUAUUACGAGAAAGAUGGCGAUAUCUACGACGCUUCUGAUCACACUCUGGGGAAUCAUCGGACUCGCAUCAACCCUAUAUAACAGUUUUCUGCCAUACCUGCUAACAAGCCGCGGGGCCGAGUAUGGAGAUGGCUCACUCUCCAUCACGUAUAGAAAUCAAUUUAUACUCAGUGUCAUUGGCAUUCCCGGAGCAUUCCUCGCCGGGUGGGCUGUAGACCUGCCAUACAUUGGCCGUCGAGGCACUUUAGCGAUAUCAUCGGGGCUCACCGGUGCCUUUCUUUUCGCGAGUACCACCGCGCGGAGUUCCAAUGCUCUGCUCGGGUGGAACUGUGGAUAUGUGUUCAACAGUAACAUCAUGUAUGGCGUUCUGUACGCAGUUUCAGCUGAGAUAUUCCCGGCUAGACAUCGCGGAACGGGCAACGGCUUGGUAUCUACGGCUACUCGCGUCUUUGGUGUCAUCGCUCCAAUCAUUGCAUUAUAUGCCGACAUUGCGACCGCCGUUCCGGUGUACAUCGCAGGCGGACUCAUCAUCUUCGCGGGGGUAUUGGCUAUGCUUCUGCCUUAUGAGCCCAGAGGUAAAGCAUCCAUAUAGAGGUAGGCGUCUUGGCGCUUGUGUAGCCCAUUUUCUUAGUACAGUGUGUAAUCGAUAAGUACAGUAGCCCAUAUUACAUUGUGGCGUGAGAAUAAUGCCACGCGACUACUGAUUCACGCGUCGCGUCCCCGAUAUGACUCCUCU